UGUGACAAGCACGAGUGUUUACAAAUUAUAUCAGUAGUGGGGCUCUAAAAUCGUAGAAAAGUGUUGACUACUCGAGGCGCAUAACCUCGAAUAUUAUUUAGGUACAGAUCGUGAAAAUUAAUCAUCAUCAAAUAAUGGAAGACGGAAAAAACGCAAUUAGAGUUAAGGAUGAACCAAACGAUACUUGGCCAGAUGCAGGUAACGAGCAUAUUUUUGAUUCGAUGAACUUUUGCAAAUCCGAAAACUUGAAAAUAUUCCCGUUUUAUAAAUCACAAGGUGUCAAUCACGUGAAUAAGGUUAAAGCAUCAGAGGAAAAGUUAGGAAAAAAUAUAUCAAUAGAAUUUGAGUGCAAAUACGUUAAACCCGAAGUGAAGUUCUUAUCGAAAACUAUCUUCAAAACUGAGCAAGACAGUUGUCUACCCAUUGUUAAGAUAGAAAAUCGAGUUGAGGUAAAUCACUUGCCUGAAAAAAGUCUUGUGAUUUUGAUAAAAAAAGGGUUCGAUUAUUAUAAUAAUUGCCAAUUUCCAAAUAAUUCCCGAUUGAAACUAGACGAAUUCGAGGAAUUAGAGGAAGGAAGAAUAUUCGAUAAAAUCACUUGGACCAAAUUAUCCCUUGAUUGUAAUUUGCGGAAAAUUUAUAAAAGAGAUGAGAGUCGAAAAAUACAUAUUAGUACGAAACAAGAGAACAUUAGAUCAUAUAAAUGCAACAUUUGUCGCGAAGCAUUUACAGACAAAUGAAACGUCGAAACUCACGAAAUGACUGUACACAAUCAAACCAAGCUCUUUAAAUGUGAGAUUUGCCACAAAUCAUUUCGACUCAGAGGUAACUUGAAAAGACAUGUGAAUGCAGUACAUGAUCGUAGCAAACCCUUUGAAUGUGAGAUUUGUCACAAAUCAUUUGGAUACCAAUGUGUACUUAAAAGGCACACGAUUACAGUACAUGAUGAGAGCAAACCCUUUAAAUGUGAAAUUUGUCAAAAACCAUUUGGAUUCAAGGGAAAUCUCAAUCAACACAGAAAUGCAGUUCAUAAUCGGAUCAAACCCUUCGAAAGUGAAAUUUGUCACAAAUCAUUUGGACUAAAAAAGAUCCUUAAAAGGCACAUAACUGCAGUACAUGAUCGGAUCAAACCCUUC